AUUUGUUUUUGGCGUUUCCAUCGAUGCCGAUAGCUUUUAUUAAUUUUACCCUCGUAAAAAAUCACAAAAAAUUAACAAAAUUACAAUCAAUAUUUUAUUUAGUGAAUGUUUAAGAGCUAUAAAUACAAUUUGCAAGAAUAUUUUAACAUUUUACAAGUGAAAAGUGCUUUUGAAAAAUUAUUUUGACGCAUUCGAGUGUGUUGCGUGCUCUUUUUUUUUUUUUAGUUGAGUUAUAUACGAGGUUUUGUUGCAACGACUGUGACUGUAGUUUUUCCUUAUUUUAACAAAUUUCCUAGUCUAUAGUGUGUUUGCACGAACAAAUUUAUUAAAUUAUCAAGAAAAGUAUAAUUUAUUGGAUGGCAAUUUUAUUGGAAAAUUGUUUAAAAUAUAAAUCAAAUAUAAAAUAAGUUAAUGCUUGAAGAAAAUAAAUCAAUCAAUAACAGAAUAUGGAAGAAGUAUCACAAUCUGAAACUAGUUUAACUGGUUCGUUUGAAGAAGAAAAACAACCAGUUGAACAGGAGGAAGAGACUCCUGCUGCGGAAGCACCAAAAAGUCCUGCUGCCGAUAAGGAAGAAGUUCAUAGCUCAAAAAAUGAUGAUGAAGAAGAAGAAGAAAAAGAGAAAGAUGAAUCUCCAGCAGUUGCUUCUGAAGAUAAAGAAGGUGAUGAUGAUGAAAAACAAGAAAGCAACGAAGAAAAACAAGAUAACAGUGAUGAAAAAGAACUUGUAAACGAUGAUGAUGAAGUAAGUCAGGAAGAAGAUCCAAAAGAAAAGGAUUUGGAAGACAAACCAAGUGAAGAAGCAGCUGAACAAGAAGAAUCACCCACACCUGGGAGUCAAGAAGAAGAGCCAGCUUCGGAAGAAGCAACACCUGCGGAAGAAAGUGAUUUAAAUACUUCAAAAGGUGAUGAUGAAGAAAAGUCUAGAGAAGGUGAAGGAGGAGAUAACGAUGAAACAACUUUCGAAGAAGUGGAUGCCAAUGUUUCGGCGGAAAGGGAUGCAGACGAAUCUGAUAUGUUAGGAGAAUCCGACAUGACACGCCCGGAAAAAGAAACCGAAAAAGAUGGCCUACAUGAUGAUGAUGCGACUCCAAUGGAAGUGGAUAGUUUGAGUAAUGAUGAUGUUGAAAUGGGAUCAGUUGAGAAUGCCCAAACACCAGGUGAUGACGAUAAAGAGAAAGAAGCCGAUGAUGACGACGAAGACCAGGAACAAGAACAAGAAAAGGAAUCACCAACAAAUCCAAGUGAAUCUCCAACAAAAGAAGUCGAAGAUGAGAGAAUGGAAGAGGAUGCUGAAGAAAAUCCGGAAACAACUAGUACCACCCCAGAAGCAGGAGAAGAUGUAGUUGACGAAGGCAAAGAUGAUGAUAAAGAAGCAGAUGAUAUAACUGAUCAGACAAAUGAUGAAGAAAUACAAGAAGAAGAAGGAGAAGAUGUCGCAGAAAAAUCGACUACGGAUAAGGAAGUGCAUGAGGAGGAGGAUGAUGGUGAAGAAGAAAAUAAGGAAGAUGAAGAAAAAGAUGCUGAUGACGAUGAAGCUACUCCAGAAAAUGAUACUGAAAUGGCAGAAGACGAACCUACAAACGAUUUGCAUGCGGAGACUAGUACAACGAGAGAAGAUGAAGUUGAUCCUGACGGCUCACACGUGGAAAAUGUCCAGGAACCUGAAGAAUCAGAUGUUUGUCUUAUACCCGAUACUGAAAAUGAAGUAACCGAUGCUGAAAAGGAACAAGCCAUACAAGCUCGGGAAACUGCCGAUAAAGAAAAUGAAGCUGCAGAGGCUGAAAAGGCAGCUGCUGAAAAAGAAGCCGAAGCUGAAGCAUCUUCUGCUGAAAAACCAUCAGAAUCAACACCAGAAGAAACCCCACAAGAACAAGAACAGGAACAAGAACCGCUGCUGGAAGAAAUGCAGCCACCUGGACCGAUGGAAGGUGUAGGAACAGUCCAAAAAAUCAUCAUAUUCUUGGCUGUCUCAUUGCCAAAAACCUGUGCCCACUGUAAUGAGGAGAAAGUGUGUGGCUAUCGCUACAAAGAUGUCGAAAGUGGCUCAACUCAAUACCUUUGCAAAACAGGUUGCAUUGAUGCACUUAUGCUAGCCCAUCCAGGAAGAUAUUUCAUUCGCCGCAAGAAAUUCUUAGUCGAAGAAGUUCCCGAAUCGGAAAAUACAACCGAACACGAAUGCCUUCAGUGCAAGAAAAACAUAUCCAAGAACAAGUAUUUUUUCAAACAAGAAGAUCAAACAUUUUAUAUUUGCUCGGAGGAUUGCUACAAGACCAUAAGCUCGGAUGAGCCGGAAAAAUUCAAUCUCAAACGAGAUUCUAUUCGAGUGCGUAACAUCGGUCACACAACAAUAUCAUCCAAAGGAUCUAGCUCUGAUUCACGAAUUGUAUCACGAUCUGCUCAGGAAGCAGAAUCAGCUAAAAUGGAACGCAAUAAGAGUUUCCUUCGUCUUUGUACUGAUUGCAAAACUGAAAUACAAGUGCGUCCAAAUGGCAAUGGUAAAAAUUUGAUCUGGCAAACAAUGGACUUUUGCGAUGAGCAGUGUUUGGGAAAAUACCAACGACGCAUUGGUUCGCGCUGUCAAACAUGUAGCGGCGAAGUGCCACACCAGAGUUUGGGUAAAUACUGCGUUCGCUUUGGCUUCGAAGUGCGUCAGUUUUGCUGUGCGGCUUGCUUAAACAACUUCAAGAAAGGUCUCAAAACUUGUUCGUGUUGUCAGAAGGAUAUAUCUGGUAGUGGUGAAGGUUUCUUGGCUCCCGUUGGAGACAAAGAGCAAUUUAAAGACUUUUGUAGUCAAACCUGUAUGCGUCGAUACGAUUCUAUGGUAAAUGCCAAGAAGAAACAACGCACCGAUCGCUGUGGAGUGUGCAAUUUUGAGAAAAUAAUGCGCGUUGAAAUGACCAUCGAUGGCAAUGAACACAACUUCUGUUCGAAUCCUUGCUUUUCAGCAUUUAAGUUUGUCAGUAAUAUUGUCCCAGAUCAAUGUGGCAUGUGUAGUAAGUACUUUGAACGCAAAUCAGCUGAUUGCUUCACCAUCUAUGGAGAGAAGCAGCGACCUAAGGUCUUCUGCUCGCGUAUUUGUUUCAAUGUCUACAUCAUAGUUAAUCGCCAGAUAACUUCAUGCCAGUGGUGUAAGGUAAAGAAAUACGACUUUGACAUGAUUAUGAAAUCGAAUGAUACACCGAAUCCUUUAAUGAUGUGCUCCCUGAAUUGCUUGACUCUUUAUGGGGUGUCGGUAAAUGCAUUCAGUCGUGCUGCUGUUAAGUGUGACAAUUGUCAUAGUUGCACAACACCACAAUAUCAUUUGACAAUGUCGGACGGGUCGAUGAGGAACUUUUGUACUUACCAGUGUGUGAUGCAGUUUCAGAGUCAGUUCGCCCGUGUCCCGUUAACUUUAGAUUCAGAGGCAGUAGCCACAGCUACUCAUCAUGUUAGCCCCAAACCUAAAGCUUCGUCUGCGGCGGCACCAUUUCCAACUGGUCUGCCAAAAAGAGUCAAGUUAAAUGCGUCUCAAACAAAAGCAGCAACGACCGGAACAUCACCGCCCAAAAAUCAACUACCUGUUAUGCCGGUGAUAUCGAAUGUUGCCUCCUUGGCCUCAGGACAGAGUGAAAGAGUGUCGAAUGCUUCAUCGACUGUAAGACGCGGAGCUUCGCGUGGUCGUGGUCGUGGCAGGAAAGUCGUCCUCAAUGAACGCCCUCAACCAACACCCAGUCCUCCGCCAGCAUCGCCGCCACCUGCACCGGCGCCAUCAACAAGAGCUCGUACAACUACAUCUCCAGUACCAGCAGCUUCAUCAUCGAGUGGCAGCAAAAGUUCGCGCGGCGGAAGAACAGCCACCCGAUCAGCAGGCACGCACACUCCUUCUGAGCCUGUCCGUCCACCAUCUCCCAUAAUCCAAAAAGAAGUGGAAACGAAAAUUGUGACAGUGCCACCAUAUCCUCCUCUGGUGCGUAAUGUACAGACCAGUUGUCAACCGAAAACCGAGGAUGCUUCAAUUGACUGCCGACCUGAAACGGCAGAAAUCGGAAUACAAACUGAUGAAGACUACAGUACGAGGGUUCUCAUUCCUGUCCCAGUUCCGAUAUUUGUUCCACAGCCGAUGUAUAUGUAUUCGGCGCCAUUUCCAAUGCCUAUUCCAAUUCCUCUGCCAAUUCCGGUGCCGAUUUUCAUCCCAACUACACGAAAUUCAGCCACUGGUAUUAUGAAAGAAAUGAAAAAGAUUCAAGACAAAAUGCCUGCUGAUCCAUUCGAGGCAGAGCUGCUUAUGAUGGCUGAAAUGGUGGCCGAUGAGAAGAAUGAAUCAGAUUCUGAUUCAGAGGAGGACAUGAAGCCCGAACCACGAAUGAUUGAAGUUCAAUACCAGACACCAUCGGCAUCAGUUGGACAGUCAAAUAAUGUUGUAGUGAAUAUGGAGGCACAAAAUAAUUCAUCAUUUGGUGAGGAUGUUCUACAGAUGGCACUGAAAAUGGCCAGCGGUGAGUACGAAGAACCCGGUGUUGAUCUGGAAUCAGCAAUGACGACAAAUACAAUAACUAAUCCACCACCGGGUAUGAUACAUCCAUCGCAAGUGCACGAGGAUUCUGGAAUGCAAAUGGGUCAUCAUAUGAUGAUGGAACAAACACAAAGAGGUGGACGUGGCCGCAAACGAGGAUCAGUUGUUUCUCCCAUAACACCACGCAAUAAUCGAUCACCAAUUAAACGACAACGUUUGUCUGUCGAUAGCACACCGCCACAACAACCGGUGAUGCCAGUAGAGAAACCUGACGCAAAUAUGUGUCUGAAAUUCACAUUCGGUGUGAAUGCCUGGAAGCAAUGGGUAAUGACUAAAAACGCUGACAUCGAAAAGAGUUCUAUUAGGCGGCGUCUCUUCAAAACCGAACUACUACAAAUGACAGCCGAUGAGUUGAACUAUUCGCUGUGUUUGUUUGUCAAAGAAGUACGAAAGCCAAAUGGCACAGAAUAUGCACCCGAUACAAUUUAUUACUUAGUCUUAGGUAUCCAGCAAUAUCUUUAUGAAAAUGGUAGAAUAGAUAACAUAUUCACUGAUCCUUAUUAUGAACGUUUCACUGAUUGUUUGGACGAAGUGGCACGCAAGUUCUCGGUGCUAUACAAUGAUUCACAAUAUAUUGUAACCCGUGUGGAAGAAGAACAUCUGUGGGAAUGUAAACAAUUAGGCGCUCACUCACCCCACGUGCUGCUGAGUACUUUAAUGUUUUUCAAUACAAAACAUUUCAAUUUGACGAACGUCGAAGAACACAUGCAAUUAUCAUUCUCACACAUAAUGAAACAUUGGAAACGUUCUGCACAAAAUACCAAAUCACCCGGUACAAGAAAUGUGCUUUUACGAUUUUAUCCACCACAAGCUGGGCUUGAUGCAAAUCCUCGAAAAAAGAAAGUUUAUGAACAACAAGAAAAUGAAGAGAAUCCCCUUAGAUGUCCUGUUAGAUUAUAUGAAUUCUACUUGUCUAAAUGUCCCGAGAGUGUGAAGACUCGCAAUGAUGUCUUCUAUCUACAACCAGAACGAUCAUGCGUACCCGACUCGCCUGUUUGGUAUUCAACGCAGGCUCUGAGCGAAGAUAAUCUACAGAAAAUGUUGCACCGAGUGAAAAUGGUCAAGGAAAUAAACAUUGCGCUAUUGACUAGUUAAUUUAAAUGUCUAAAUGACUGAAUCCGAAAAACAUAAUAAAUAUUAUGUGCAAGACAAGGGGGAGGGGCAAACUACUAGAGCCAUGCUGCGAACUGUGAGCUAGACUGUAAAAAAAUCUUGCAUUAAUUAAUUCUUCCUCACACUGCGGGUGUUUAAAAAACAAAACAAUUAAAAAAUAAAGUAUAAUUUAAAACACACAAUUUAUUUUCCUUGUCUUAUAAAAAUAUGUGAAUACAAAAUAAAAACUAUAAAACAAAAUAAAAUUAUGCAAAGGGAAAAAACCAUAAACAAAAAAAAAAAACAUAUAUAAAACAACUUCAAAUCAAUAAAAAUUGUAUUUAAUGUUGUUGAUAUAUUUUUCCAAAAUAAUUAAAUUUUCUUAAAAAUAAGGUGCGUGGCACAAAAUAAAUAUUUC